GUAUACUUAUCACUCUCUCUCUCUCUCUCUCUCUCUCCCUCCCUCCAUGCUUAUCAUUCUCUUAUAGGUCUAAUAUUUAUUCAAAUCCCAACUCAAACAACUUCACAACUCUUCUUCCGUACAGAGAAUGAACUUCGAACCCUGAUUUCUCAUUCAGAUCCGUAGUAGCUAACUAUUUUUCUACUCAGAAAUCAGGUGUACGAUAUAGAGAUUGCGUGCCCUGAAAUAUGGCUUUAGGAAAAUAUUCCCGAGUGGAUGGGAGGAAAUCAUCAAGUUGUUGUUCGACCAUUACAGUCGUUGUGUUUGUUGGUCUUUGUUUGGUUGGAGUUUGGAUGUUCAUGUCGUCAUCUGUUAUUGUUCCUGUUCAGAAUUCAGAGGUGUCUUCUCAGGAGACUAAAACUGAGAUGAAACAAAAAGUAACUGACAAUGUUCAAACUAACCAUUUUGAAGAUAGUCCAGGUGAUUUACCAGAGGAUGCAACGAAAGAAGAAGGUAGCCUAAAAAAUGGUCGGGAUGACAUUGAAAUUAAUACAUCUGAAGAGGAAACGAAGAGAGAAGCUGAAAAUGAUGGACAAGGAAAAAGGGAAGAGUCGGAACCCAAUUCAGAUGGUGAAUCAAAUUCAGAAAAUGUUGAAUCCAAUUCAGGUGGUGGGGACUCAAAUUCAGGAGAUGGAGAUUCCAAUUCAGAAGGUGGUGAGACUAGAACAGAAUCACAGGAAAAUACAGAGGAAACAAAGAAUGAAGAUAAAGCUGACAGUCAGACUGAAGAGAAAAUUGAAGAAAAUCAAGAUAGGGAUUCGGAAGAAAACUCUGGUGAAAACAAGAUGGAAGACCAGGGCGGAAAUGUGAUUUUCCCUGCUGGAUCCCAGUCUGAGAUUUUGAAUGAGACUACUACCCAAAAUGGGCCUUGGUCAACCCAGGCUGUGGAGUCUGAGAAUGAGAAGAAAUCACAAAAAUCUGUGUUGUCGAAAGAUCAGAACGAGUAUAAGUGGAAGCUCUGCAAUGUAACUGCUGGGCCAGACUAUAUUCCCUGUCUUGACAAUAUCCAAACUAUCAGAAAACUUCCUAGUACAAAACACUAUGAACAUCGAGAGAGGCACUGCCCAGAUGAAGCUCCAAUGUGCCUUGUUCCUCUACCAGAAGGAUACAAACAGUCAAUUAAGUGGCCUAAAAGCAGGGAAAAAAUAUGGUACUAUAAUGUUCCCCACACAAAGCUUGCAGAAAUUAAGGGGCAUCAAAAUUGGGUUAAAGUUACUGGAGAUUACCUUACUUUUCCUGGUGGUGGGACUCAAUUUAAGAAUGGUGCCCUUCAUUACAUUGACUUCAUCCAGAAAUCUCUUCCUCAGCUUGCUUGGGGUAAACAAAGCCGUGUGAUAUUGGAUGUUGGGUGUGGGGUGGCUAGCUUUGGAGGAUUUCUUUUUGACAGAGAUGUGCUUGCAAUGUCAUUUGCUCCCAAGGAUGAGCAUGAAGCACAAGUGCAAUUUGCACUUGAAAGGGGGAUCCCAGCAAUAUCAGCAGUCAUGGGUACCAAGAGACUACCCUUUCCCAGUAAGGUCUUUGACAUUGUCCAUUGUGCCAGAUGUAGAGUCCCUUGGCAUAUUGAAGGUGGUAAGCUUCUCUUAGAAUUGAAUCGUCUCUUGCGACCUGGUGGGUACUUUGUGUGGUCCGCUACUCCUGUUUAUAGAAAGGUGCCUGAAGAUGUUGGAAUUUGGGAAGCUAUGACUGAACUGACGAAGUCAAUGUGCUGGGACCUGGUAGUGAUUAACAAGGAUGAGUUGAAUGAAGUUGGUGCAGCUAUAUACAGAAAGCCAACUUCCAAUGAGUGCUAUGAGAAAAGACCGAAAAAUGAGCCUCCAUUGUGCAAAGAAUCUGAUGACCCAGAUGCAGCAUGGAAUGUACCGCUUCAGGCAUGCAUUCACAAAGUGCCAGUGGGUGCGUCAGAGCGUGGGUCACAGUGGCCAGAACAAUGGCCACUAAGGGCGGAGUCAGUUCCCUACUGGUUAAAAAGUUCUCAAGUUGGAGUUUAUGGUAAAACAGCUCCAGAGGACUUCUCUAAUGACUAUAAGCACUGGAAACAUGUGGUGUCCAAGUCAUAUUUGAGUGGCCUGGGAAUCAAUUGGUCUUCAGUGAGGAAUGUAAUGGACAUGAGAGCUGUAUAUGGAGGGUUUGCUGCAGCUCUGAAAGAUCAGAAGGUGUGGGUCAUGAAUAUAGUCCCAGUCAAUUCACCAGAUACACUUCCAAUAAUAUUCGAGCGUGGUUUAUUUGGAAUGUAUCAUGAUUGGUGUGAAUCAUUCAGCACUUACCCCAGAUCUUAUGAUCUUCUUCAUGCAGACCAUCUCUUCUCUGAUCUCAAGAACAGGUGCAGCGUACAGGCAGUGAUGGCGGAAGUUGAUAGGAUCCUAAGGCCGGAAGGACAUUUGAUCAUACGGGAUAAGGUUGAAACCAUAGGUGAGUUGGAGAGCUUGGCUAAAUCUCUACAGUGGAAGAUCCGAUUGACAUUUUCAAAGGACAAUGAGGGAUUGCUUUGUGUUCAAAAGGCAUAUUGGCGUCCCAUAGAGAUACAGACAAUUAAGUCAGCCAUUGCGUAAGCAAAAUGCUCUUAAUUGUCACCACUAAGUUUUUUUUUGCUGCUGUAUUAAAAAAACUUUUGCUUGUUCCACUACAUUUUAUUUCAAGGAUGUAAUAGCCAUAGUUUCUUAUAACCCUCUGUAUUAUUUGUAUUAGGUUGAUUACUCUUUCCAUAAGGUACCCCUCAGCUUUGCCUCGUUUAUUACCUUUUUUGCUCCCUUAAAUUAGAGGGAUCAGGUUCAGGCUCAGAGUUUGAAAUGUAAUAGCACACUAUAUUAUUAUAUAAAUUGAUGAAUCUAAUUUGGUUUUUGGAAGUUCACACA